AUGUCUUCCACACGGGGCUCUCCCAAAUUCCAGUGCGCUCUUGUUACCGGCGGCGGCGGCGGCAUUGGCAAGGCAUUUGCCAAAUACCUCGUCUCUCAAGGCACAAAGGUCAUUAUUGCUGGUCGCACCGAGUCCAACUUGCGCACUGCCGUCUCAGAGAUCGGUGCUUCUGCCUACUACGUGCUGGACACGGGCAAAACGGAAGACAUUUCACAAUUUGUGCGCAAGAUCAUCGCCGAACAUCCGGAGCUGGACUGCGUCGUCAAUAACGCCGGCAUCCAAAAUCCUCUCGAGGUUGACAAGCUCGGGCCAGACGACUUCCUUCGCAAGGCUGACCAGGAAAUCGACGUCAACAUUCGCGGCCCGAUGCACCUGACGCUCCAGCUGAUACCGCACUUCUUGUCUAAGCCGAGUGCUGCGAUUGUCAACGUAUCAAGCGUCCUGGGCUUCGUACCGCUCUCUAUUAUAAACCCCGUGUAUAACGGAACAAAGGCCUGGCUGCACUCGUGGAGCAUGAACCUUCGUACGCAGCUGAAACACAGCGCUAUCCGCGUCGUGGAGAUUGCGCCGCCCAUGGUGGCCACGGAUCUUCAUCGCGAGAGGGAGGACCCGGAUGACAAUAAGAAGGAAAAGGACUCUUCUACUCUGACUAUUAACGAGUUCAUGGAUGAGGUUACCAAGAAGUGGGAGCAGGGGCAAGACAUGAUUACUGCCGGGCCGGGCAAUAGAAUCGUGAAUAAGUGGCAUGAGUCGUUUUCCAACGUGUAUCCUGGUUGA